UCUCUACUGUUUUGCCUUUUUUUUUUUUUUUAGCUUUUCUAGCAUUUCUAGAAUUUCUAGCUGUGCAACAAAUCAGACCGGUGAAUAUUUGCACUUUCAGAGCUCUUGUAGUUUAAAAAUCUCCAUGAUGUAACGUGUGCAGAGUAGCCAAAUCGUGUUGCAGUGCUUUCUGGGAGGUGGGCACACUGCUUCUUCCUGUGUGUUUUUUCGAGGCCGUGCUGCUUUAUGUUGGGUGUCCAGAACCAGCUGAAUCCGGUUUGAGGCAGACGGAGAGGGCUGACGGGAACAAAGCUGUCUCUAUGCUCCACGGGGAUACAAGAUAGCCCGGGUUGCUCCGUGGCAGCCCCUCUCGAUGGCGGCAGCGGAGGUGCUGCUGCCGCUGCGGCUCGCUGCCGGCUGGAUGUGGAAGUGGUUCGCCUCACAGCCCAAUGACGGGGGGAGAAGGCGGAUUUGGGAAGGGACAAGGGCAGUGGGGACGUGGCUGGCUGGGAGUGUGUGUGACUCUGCUGCUGAGAGCCUGCCUCACACACAAACACAUGCACACAUACUCACUCACACAGGAGCAUGAUCCAUGUGUCUGUUCAUAUGUCUGCUUGUGGUGCAGAGAAUGACCGAAGACGAUCCGUAACCAGGACCACCACCACUCACCACAUGUCUGGAUGUAACCUGACCCUGUGUUCUGGGCCUUCGCCUGUUUGGGAAGAUUUUUUUCCUUCUAGACAGGGUGGGGUGGAUGGCUGUUGUGGGUUUAGUGGUAUUGUGACUCUGUUGCAGGAUGGAAGGAAGGAAGGCAGGAAGGUUUGGCUAGUGGCUGGAGAGGGACGAACGCGAGAGGGUGACCUCAUCAGAACAGGACAAGGAACAUGGGAGACAUGAAGACGCCAGACUUUGAUGAUCUUCUUGCGGCCUUUAACAUCCCUGACAUGGUAGAUCCUAAAGCUGCUAUUGAAUCUGGUCACCAAGAUGAACAAAAUGAAGUCAAGAAGUCCAGUUCCGGGGUGACUUCCUGUGAAGAUGAGGACAACAUCUCCUGCAACGCUCAUGACCCUGGUGUUAGCGUCAUCGUAAAGAACAUUCAAAAUACAGAACUGAAUGAACAGGGUGGACUUGAGUCAGAGAAAGAUGGGAAUUUCAACUCUCAUCCUCAGCCACAUUCUAUUGAUAAUGAACUUCAUAAUGGCUGCUUACCCACAUUAGAACCUGCUACUAAGAAUGAGUGGAAAACACACAGAGAGGAGGGGCUUAAACUUACCAACCAAUCAUCUACUAUUAGUGAAUUCAGUCCAAUAUCUAGUGCUGAAGAGUUUGACGAUGAAGACAGAAUCGUGGUGGAUGAUCCCAUGGACAAGCAGAGAGAAGAAACUUUCUUUAGUCCCCCAACUAAGACAGAGGACCAGAAUUCCAAUACUGUACCGGACAGCGCAACUCAAUCCAAAACAAACAGAGACAAAAAAUGUAAUCAAAACAACAAAGAUGACCAAGUCAGGUGUUCUCCGUCCGAUGGACCACCUACACCAUUUUCACUAGAUGAGGACAUGUCUCUAAAAUCUCAAAGUCAAGGGAACAGGGAUGCCGAUGAGUCAUCAGUGCUCAUUGAUUUUUCCAGUACUCCACCAAUCAAAACCAAAUCUUCUGCAAAACUUUCCUCUUGUAUAGCUGCUAUAGCAGCACUCAGUGCCAAAAAGGUUGUGGCUGAAGAAACAGUUGAUUUUCACUCUCCCACAUCACAGAAAGAACCUAUUCAGGCCAAAGAAAAGCCCAGAGAUUCAGACAGAAUACAGGAAAUGGAAUCAGCAUUAGACCGGACCAUUAAACCGGACAGUCCGUCCAGUGAAGGCAGCAGCAAAGGUUCCCCUACCUCGAACACAGACACCACUCCAGUCAUCCCAAAGGUCAGGAUCAAAACCAUCAAAACCUCGUCCGGACAGAUCAAACGUACUGUCACACGAGUUCUUCCAGAAUUUGAUUCUGAAUGUCUAAAGAAAGUAGAGAAUAGCACAUGUGUCAUGCUUAGCACCAAUGCAAUAAUCUCAUCACCCAAAAGGUCCACAAUCCCAACUACAGUAGUAGCCACCAGUGGGGGUGGAUCAAUCGAAUUAACCAAGCAGAUGACAAUAAAGCCUGUGGCAACAGCGUUUUUGCCAGUCUCAGCAGUCAAGACCGCUGGUUCGCAAGUUAUUAACCUUAAACUGGCUAACAACACCACAGUCAAAGCGACCGUCAUUCCUGCUGCAUCAGUGCAAAGUGCCAGUAGUGCCAUCUUAAAAGCUGCUAAUGCCAUCCAGCAGCAGACUGUCAUGGUGCCUGCUGCCAGUCUGGCUAAUGCCAAACUUGUGCCAAAGACGGUCCAUCUUAGUAACCUUAACCUUCUGCCUCAAGCAACGUCCUCUGCUUCCUGUGAUAUCCAGCAGGCCUUGUCUUCCUCCAAACCAUCCCACCGCCAACAAUCACAAGUGAAACAACAGACAGUUCUCACCAGCCAAGCCUCGAAGAAAGUCACUCGGGUUCAAGUGUUUGCCAGCUCUCAAAGCUCUGUUGUGGAUGCUUUCAAUAAAGUCCUGAGUAGUAUGAAUCCUCUACCUGUGUACGUCCCGAAUCUCUCUCCACCGAACUCAGCCUGUAUCUCGUUACCCUCCAAGGGCUACAGGUGUUUGGAGUGUGGAGAUUCAUUUGCUCUUGGGAAGAGCUUGACACAGCACUAUGAGCGUCGCAGUGUGAUAAUUGAGGUCACCUGCAACCACUGUGCCAAAAGUCUUGUGUUUUAUAACAAAUGCAGCCUCCUGUCUCAUGCCCGAGGCCACAAGGACAAAGGGGUGGUCAUGCAGUGCUCACAUCUCAUCCUGAAACCUAUUCCUGCAGAUCAGAUGAUCGGCACAACAAAUUCAUCUGCACCACCCAUUACGUCUACCUCUCAAGCAAAGGCACCCACAGAAAAAACGCAAGGAAAAGGUUCUGAUCACCAAACUGGAGUCAUUUCACUCCAGUACAGUGCUCCUCUUGUGGCAGCCAUGCCGCUGGAGGAUGAUUCAUCAAAGCACUUCCGACACAACUUCAAAUGCUCUGAGUGCAACGAAAUGUUCCAGGAUGACAGCUCACUGGCCAUGCACUACCAACAAGCACCAGAAUCCAGUAGUCAGAAAACGUGCACUAUUUGCCAAAUGCCUCUUCCAAAUCAGUGCAGCCUUUUGUCACACCAGCGGAUCCACCAGCACAAGUCUCCUUAUGUCUGCCCUGAAUGCGGCGCUAGCUGUCGAUCUGUCCACUUCCAGUCGCACGUCACCAAGAACUGCCUACAUUACACCCGCAGAAUCGGCUACCGUUGUAUCCACUGUAGUGUGAUCUUUGUCGAUGUGGCGACGCUCAAGUCUCACAUCCAGAGCAGUCACUGUGAGACCUUCUACAAAUGUCCUCUCUGCCCCAUGGCGUUCAAGUCUGCACCUGGAACCCACUCUCAUGCGUACACACAGCAUCCAGGAGUGAAGGCAGGGGAGCCCAAGGUUAUAUACAAAUGUUCCAUGUGUGAUACCGUCUUCACUCUGCAGUCUCUGCUCUACACACACUUCGAUCAGCACGUCCUCAGCCACAAAGUUUCAGUUUUUAAAUGCCCCGACUGUUCCACGCACUACGCACAGAAACAGCUCAUGCUGGAUCACAUCAAGGCCGUUCAUGGAACCCUGAAGAACACAGAAGGUCCACCAAACCUGGGUAUCAACCUCCCACUCAGCACAAAACCGACUAACUCCAAUAGCACCAAGAGUAACAUCCACCUGAACAACAACAACAACAAAGAUGGAGGACAUGUCAAUAGUCAAGACAAGAGAGAAAAGAAGCCUUCACCUUCACCUCUAAAGACAACCAACAAUAACUGUUCAGCUGACUUGAAGAGCCCCCUCAGCUCAGAAUACACAUGUCGAGAGUGUAACUCCUCCUUCACUUCCAGGGAGGUCUUUCUGACGCACAUGAAGCGAGAACACAACAAGAUACUGAAGAAACACCCGUGUCGACAGUGUGACAAGUCUUUCAGCUCCUCACACAGUCUUUGCAGACACAACCGUCUGAAACACAAAGGUCUGCGCAAGGUCUACACCUGCCCUCAAUGUCCAGCUCUGAGCCAACCCUUCACUAGAAAAGUGCUGCUGGAUCAGCACAUCACGCUGAUGCACGGACUUAAAGGAAAGACAGAUGAUUUGGAUGCUGCACCCGACAGGCAAAUGAGCCAAAGCCCCAAAAGGAAGCCAGAUGAAGAAGCGGGGCCUCCGUCGUUGAACUCCAGGGGCUCUGACUCCCAGCCAUUGAAGAGGCUCAAGGUGAACGUCCUCAAAGUUCACAAAUGUGCUGUCUGUGGCUUCACAACCGAGGACAUCGCCACCUUCCACAAGCACGUCCCGCAGCACAAGUCGGACAGCUCGUCCUUCCAGUGUCAGGAGUGUGGCCUGUGCUACACCUCCCCCCGCUCGAUGGCCCGACACCUCUUCAUCGUCCAUCGGCUGAAGGAGCCCCAGGGUCUCGGCCGGUACAACGGAAGGGCCAAGGAAGACGAGGAGAGUCAAAGAGAAAACCAGUUAGACGUGACGGACGAGAACGACGACGGGACGCCCAGCACAAAAUGUAAAGUGUGCGGGAAGAUCUUUGAGACGGAGGGAAACCUGAACACUCACAUGAGGACACACGGGAUGGCGUUCAUAAAGUCAAAGAGACUGAGCACAGUGGAGAAGUGAGGGGAAGACGAUAUCUGGUCAUUCCAUAAGUUUAUUAAACCUCCCGUAGCUGUGCGUGUGUUGUAAAUACAUGAUGUUGUUGUGUACAACAGUAUGUACACAGUGACAAUUCUUCCUUAUAUCAAACUUUCACGUCUUUCAGUGACAAAAGUUUUUUGUACAGUUAGAGAUGUUUAUUGAAUAGAUUUCUUUAAAAAAGGA